UAUUGUUAUUUUAAUAGUGAUUAGUGUUUUGUUUAUGUGAAAGUUCAUUAGGAAAAUGAGGGACGAGAAAAUGCGUCAGGUGAUGAUGUCGAAUGUGGCACCAAAUAAUGAACAUGCGCCAAUCAUUGAGGCGGAUCUUGAAGAAGCGUUGGAGUUAGCUGGCACAGGCAGGUACCAAGUAGUUCACAACCUGGUGAUGCUGGCCACGCUUUUCGCUUCUAUCCUGGAGAUGAUCGGCAUCGCCUUCAUACUGCCGGCUGCGGCCUGCGACCUGGAUAUACCGGAUUAUCUGAAGGGGAUUCUAACUUCUUUGCCAAACAUAGGUAUAAUUUUAACCGCUCCAUUUUGGGGCCGUGCAGCAGACUCCAUGGGCAGGAAGCCAGUACUGCUCGGUUCUCUGAUAGUGUCAGGGGCCACCGCCUUCAUCGCCGCAUUCAUGCCUUCGCUGGUCACUUUCGCGCUCUUCAAACUUGCUUCCUCUCUAUUCUUGUCCUGCCCAUCAUCGUUAGGCUACGCGUAUGUUUCGGAGAUGUUGCCUCGCAAACGACGAGACUUUGCAGUCCUAGUUACGAACGGACUCAUCAAUUUACUAACGUUCUUGAGCCCUGGUCUAGCCUGGAUAAUUCUGUCCUACGACUGGGAAUAUCAGUUCGGAACAUUAGACCUGCGACCAUGGCGACUGCUGACAGCUGUGUAUGCCUUCCCACUGCUGCUUGCUGCCUUAUGCAUGAUCGGAGCUGAUGAGAGCCCCAAGUUCCUGAUGACGAAAGGCAAGGAUAAGGAGGCUUUGGCAGUCGUGAGGAAGAUCUACUGUGUAAACUCAGGGCUACAUGAGGACAGUUAUUGUGUAAAAUCGCUGAAGACACCAUGUGACGUCAAUGACUCUGAGCAGCGCGGCUCGGGAUGUGCGCUUGCUCCGAAAACACAAUCGGAGUCUGCGUUCGCGCUGCUUCGGCCUCCGCAUCUGAAGUGGUUCGCGCUCACUGGGUUUCUCAUGUUCGGCCUGUUCUCUUUCCUAAACGGAUUGUUCCUCUUCGCACCAGACACAAUCAAUAAAGUUAUGAACAGCAAUGAGACGAGUGGCACCGUUUGCGAACUUAUGGACAUGUCUGACAACUCGACAUCAUCGACAGAAUGCCUGGACUCGAUUUCAUACCACACUUUCUACAUCAUGGUGGUCACGACACUGGUGUACGGGGUGCUGGUCACCGCCGGCAGCAUGAGCCCGCUCUCCAAGAAGACACUGCUCGUCUCAAUGUUCUGCGUUGUUGGAGUCGGCUGCCUGAUCGCUGGGUUGUCCACUAAUAGGAUCCUGGCCGGAGUAGCAAUGUCAUCCUUACAGCUGACAGCGUUGGGCAUUGGACCACUCACAGCAUACGUGGUUCACCUCUUCCCCACCACACUCAGGGGCACGGCAGUGGGCGCCGUGUUGAUGUUUGGGCGAUUAGGCUCUGUGGUCGGCGCAAACGCAGCCGGGGUGUUCCUCAGCGCUGCUUGCAUUCUCACCUUCUAUGGCUUCGCUUUCCUAGUCUUUUUAUGCGCAGGCCUGAGUUUUCUCCUACCGUCAACAGAACAAACAACGAAACCACAGGAAGCAGGCGCAGACAGCUGAUAAACAUAGCUUAUUUGUAAACUAGAUGUAAUUUGUAUUUUAUACUUUUAUAUUUAAACCACCUAUCUAUUAAAUGUCUUAGAUAAGAUUUUUUUUGUAAUAUUUCUGUCCCGUUCUAUUGACAAAUAUAAUUAUCCAGCCAGUACGAAGGACUAGCUAGUAAGUUUAAAACUCUAUCGGCGUUAUUACAAAACAAGGUUUUACUUUAGUCUAGGACUAAACCAUUGAGCCAAUUUUCGUUUUUCA